AUGGGGAGCACAAGCCGGCCACAGCAGCUUCAAGUUGCCAUCAUCGGCGCAGGUAUCGCCGGUUUGACAGCUGCGAUCGCGUUGAAAGAACACCCAUGCAUCAACGUUCAGAUAUAUGAUAAGGCGACAGAGCUUCGAGAAGUCGGCGCUUCUAUUGCUCUGGGCCCGAAUGGCCUGCGUACGUUGGAGAAGCUGGGUGUUCACAAUGCUCUCGACGAUUCGAUUGCUUUCCGCAACAAGUCGGGUUAUCCGAUGAUCUACCGCCAUUACAAGACCGGCGAGAUCGUCUCGGUAGAUGAGCACCACGGAAGCGUGGAGGCCCGCCAUAAGACGGCAAGAUUCCACCGUCCGCAUCUGCAGCAGGCUUUGCUCAAGCACAUCGACCCUGCCCACAUUCACCUCAAAAAGGCCUUCAAAAACAUCGAGAAUGAAGAGUCAACAGGCAGGCUGAGGAUCACAUUUGUUGAUGGCACCGCCGUCACGGCAGACAUCCUCCUCGGCGCGGACGGCAUCCACUCUGGAGUGCGGAGCUUCUACGUCCCGUCAUCUCGGUCAAAGUGGACCGGUUGGACAGCAUUCCGUGCGGUGUAUCCCGUUUUCCAUCUGUCUCACAUCCCCGAUAUUCCAGACGAGGCGGAGCACUGGUGGGGGAUCGAUCGGACGUGGUUCAUGUCGAAGCUUGGCAAAGAUCUGUUCUGCAUCGUCGCGUCUCACCAAAGCGACCCUGACGCCCCGGAUGCCCUGUAUAAAGAUACGGUGUGGAAUACUGGCAGCGACAUCAACUUGCUCAAGAAGCACUACAGCGAGUGGCACCGUCUGGUGCGCGAAAUCAUCGAGGCGACGCCUGCGGAUUCAUUGAAGGUGUAUCCCAACGCUUCUGCCCACGGGCUAGAGAGCUGGGUUCUGGGCCAGGAUAGAGUGACAUUCGCUGGCGAUGCGGCGCAUGCCCAUGGUGGAGCUUUCGCUGCGGGGGGGAGUCUCGCGAUUGACGACGCCUGGGCUUUUGCGGCAUCGAUCCAGCACGUGUUUCCACCUUCAGCUACGGAGCUUCCGUCGGCAGCAGACAUUGCGAAAGCGCUGAAGUUGUAUGAGAAGACCCGAAAAUCACACACGGAUAGAGUGCUUGAUACAGUCCAUUCGACGAAUAAGAAGAAGGUCGAAAGGCUGGCUGUGGUGGAGAACGAUGAUGGCUUGCGGGAGAGGAUGAAGAAUCGGGUCGAGCCUGUUUGGAUCCAUGAACAUGAUGUCGAAUCGGUAUUCAGGCAGGUUUUGGCGCAGGAAAAAAGCCUUGAAGUUUCAGGAGCGACAUCGAAUCCGUCAGAAGUACAGAUAGAAAGCCGCCUUUAG